AUGUCGCCGGACGCCAGCUCAGACGAGUCGUGGUCGUCGUUGUCGUCCUUUGCGACUACUUCCGAUGAAUGUUGUGAUGAAUCGCUCGCUGACUGGGAUAUGGUUAUCCCCCACUACAGCAAACGUGAAUACCUGCUAGCCCAGAUCCGCCAGAAGAAUGCGAUCAUCGAAUCCCUGCUCAAACAGAUCCACAACCCGUAUCUUGCAACACCGAUGUCGAUCGCGUCCUACCGGAUGGCGACGUCGCCGACGGACCAGAACAACCAGAACGUGCUCGCGUGGCUCGACCGCCUGCAGGCGAGUGUGCAGGCGGCGGGAACCUCCGCCGGCCUGAACGCGUUCAAGAUGGACUCGCGCGCAGAGGGCCACAGCGGCAGCGACUCGGACGACGACGGCGGGGACGGGGCCGCGGGCGAGGCGACGGAGCGGGGGAGCGUGGGCCAGGCCGAGGACGAUGAGCCGCUGAAAGACGCGGAGGACAGGCCGACGGCGCUGCCGAACGAGGCGGUCCCGAUUGGGCUGAUUGCGGGCCUCGCGCUCGACAACAAGAGCAAGAGGAAAAAGAAGACGCCGGCGAAGCCGAAGGACGGGGAGUCCUCCGAUGACGACGUCGGCGUUGCGUGCGAGACGUUCUUCGACCCGGGGCCUGCGUUCAACCUCGGACUUCGCGCGACUAUGAUCGAGAGCGUGAGUCCGCCGGAGAUCUUGGUCCAUGGACUCGUUACCCCAGACGACGUGGAGAAACUCUUCAAAAUCUACUUCGAGCGCGUCAACCCACACUGCGACGUCCUCGACCCCGUCCUGCACACGCCCGCAUCGACAUUCGCGCGCUGCCCCUUCCUGUUCACGGUCGUGUGCGCGAUCUCGUCGCGGUACUACACGGAGAAGUCCGAGAUCUACCCGAUCGCGAUGCACUUCGCCAAGCACGCCGCCGCGUCCGCGCUCCUCAACGGCUGGAAGUCCGUCGAGCUCUCCCAGGCGUACAUCCUCAUGAGCCUCUACGGGGUGCCCGCGCGCCGCUGGGAGGAGGACCGCAACUGGCUGUACACGGGCCUGGCGAUCCGGAUCGCGACGGAUCUCAACUUGCACGUCGUGUCCAACGUGAGGCCGAAGACGGAGAAGCAGGAGAGGGAGAUGGUCAACCAGACGAGGGUGUGGCUGUUGUGUUUCAACCUGGACAGGUCGACUGCCGCGCAGUUCGGGAAGCCAUCGACGAUCAAAGAGGACUACACAAUCCGUCACUCCAAUGACUGGUACAAGUCGUCGAGGAUGAACUCGGCCUUGGACAUCGGCACGUCCGCCUACGCCCAGAUGCUCCGCGUCGUUUCUCGGUUCCACGAGGCGAUAUACUCAGAUGCGGAGUCGCCUACCGGCUUGAAUCAGCGUCUCGAUUUCCGUUCCGUGAUUCUAGAGCACGACGAGCAGCUUACUGCCUACUUCAACGAGUGGAAUGAACGUUUCCGGCUCGAUACCGAUAUGACAGAUCCUGCACUCAAGUUCCGUGCGGCACUCCUCCCCUUCCUCACGGGCUACUCAAGACUCGUCAUGUAUUCCUUCGGCUUCCAGCAGGCGUUCAAGCGCGGAUUCCAAGCCGAGGACCAUUUGUUCCUCGAAAAGUGUUACGAGUCCGCGACAACUGUCAUAAUCACCUUCGUUGACUCGCUCAUCCCGACGGGCUACAUGCGCACCUCGCCAGACGGUCAUUUCGUCUUCGCUUCUUUCGCGUCUGCGUUCUUGCUCAAGCUCUUGCGACCCGAAUUCGCCGGUUUUGUCUCUCGCGAGCGCCAGCAAGAGAUCUUCGACCUCAUAUCGCGCCUCAUCGACAAGCUCGGCUCGCCAGAGGUGGCCAUCGAUGAGAGGCACACACCGGCGCUCCACUCGCGCUUCCUCCACAGCCUCCUCAGGAAGCACCGCCGCGACCUGGCGGCGACCAACCGCGGGCACGGCGCGAACGCAAGCCAAGGCACGGGUGCUCUGUCGCAAGCGCAGGCAUCCCAGUACACCACCCUCGGGGGCUCUGGUGCGGCGGGGGCGUCGUAUGAGAGUAUCGCGGGCAGCAGCCCGGCGUCGUUCAGCGACUCGUCAUUCACGGUGGGCGAGCCCGCGUCGCCACUGUUCGAGGUGGAACCGUCGUAUGCGGCCGUCAACGGAAGUAUGAACGGCCAGGACGGGAUGUUCCAGUUCGGGACUCAGCAAGAUGAGAGCUGGGGCGCGCUGAUGGCCCUGCAGAACCCGAACUAUUGGAAGGACAUGAUGAUGCCUGGGUUCUCUUGGCCGGAGAGCCCGCAGUCGACCCAGGACCAUCCGAUGACGAACGGGUUCGACAACUCGUUCGCCUACCAGAUGGCCGCGCCGAUCAUCAGCGGCUAG